UACAUCCGUUGACCGUUAGGCAUUCAUUAAUAGAAGAGUGAAAGGCCCGUAAGGUCUAAAUAAAUAGUCUCUGAUUUCACCUCUUUAACUUAUUUCAGAAGAGCUGUUUUCUCCUAAAGUUGCUAAUACAUGGCAGUAAUACACUGUAAACAUCGAUCCAUACAACAAAGUAAGACUUCAACUUCAUCAAAUAUCUGGCGAACGGCCAUUGUGACGUCACGUGCCCAUCGGCCCCCUCAUUGGCCAGGCAACUGCGUGAGCUAUUGUGCAGCAUUGUUUGAAAUCGCUUGUACACGGGAUUUUAAAAACUACAGGACUCAGCACGGUGCAGUCGACCUGAUACUGUCUGGACAUGCGGCAGAAUAAAUCCGCACACAGGCGGAAGCCCUCGGCCCCCCGGCGCAGAUCUCCUCCUGCACCCCCGCCGCCGCCGCCCUCCACAUCCCGGCGCCGACGCACCAGCGGACCCUCGGAGGCAUCCCCACGCAAGAAGCACAAGUUUCGUCCUGGCACGCGAGCUCUCAUGGAGAUACGCAAAUAUCAGAAGUCCACAGAUUUGUUGCUGCGCAAGGCCCCAUUUUCACGACUGGUGCGAGAGGUCUGCCAGACAUUCAGUCGAGUCCACCUGAUGUGGCAGGGAUAUGCUCUGAUGGCUUUACAGGAGGCAGCAGAGGCGUUCAUGGUGCGUCUGUUCUCUGAUGCCAAUCUCUGUGCCAUUCACGCCAAGAGGGUCACACUGUUUCCACGUGAUAUACAGCUCGCCCGGCGAAUCCGAGGUGUUGAAAACAUGUGAAGGUGGAUGAUUUUCUCUAACUUUUUGGAUUUGAAGAAAGUGGAAAGACACUUUCUGAAUUUCCUGGACUUUAAUCUUUUACUUCAGGCCUCGAAAUUAAACUUUAAAAUAGAGGAAACCAAAUUUUUGUCUGAAAUUGAAGUGUUGGUGACACUUGGACUUUUAGUAUUGUAAUAUAAAACAUUUUAUUCUGUGUUGUAAAGUUACAAAGAUUGUGUUCUUUCUCUGAUGAUAUUUGUUGAUAAUAAAUGGAUGUUUUGUAGUCCUGCUAUUUGUGUUGGCAGCUGUUUGCAGUCCACGUCACAAAGUGACCGCUUCUUUCAUUGCAUUACAAUGAUAAUAGACGAUUGUCGAACAACAUUUCAGCUUGCACUUGUGAUCUGGAAAAUGGCUUUCAGUGCAACUUUUCUUUAAGAAAAUGGGCAGAGUAACAGUGAAAGUUCAAGAACAUAGAUAGCUGACAGCUUGUUAAACUAUAGCACUUGCAUUUUCAGGGUUAGGAGGGUUACUUUUGAAAUGUAUUCCACUACAGGUUACAGAAUACAUGCUGUAAAAUGUAAUUUGUAAUGUAUUUCGUUAGAUUACUCAAGGACAGUAAUGUAUUCUAAAUACUUUGGAUUACUUCUUCAGUACUGGUAGAUUUUUUUCAAUUGUUUUGACAAUAAAAACUCUGCCAGUACAGUAAGACAAAAUAAACAUGUUAAAAAUACAUUCUCUGAAAAACCUAAAUAUCUUAUGCAAUGUUGUUUCUAAAACAAGAUAAAUCAAAUUGAUCUUGUUUUAAGGAUUUUUAGAUAUUUUUACAGGAAAACAAUACAACAAUUAUUAUCAAGAAUAUGAUUUUUGCCCUAAUAUCAAAGAUCUUACUAGAAAAAAAGAAAUUAUGAUCCAACGUGAAUUUUCUUGAUUAAAAAAUAUGAUUGUGUCUGGUAACGUGCAUGUAAAAUGGCUAGAAAUAGCAUUUUAGCUUAGUGUAAAGCUGACAAUUUACACAAGGUUUAUUUCUAUUUCUUCUGCUCCAGACUUACUUCAAACUUACUUCUCUGUCUGCUCGUAUGAAUGUAACACAUCAUAAGAAAGUGUUUCACCGCUGUUCAAAUGCACUUUGGAUUGCAUCAUUUAUAUGUAUAAAUGUUUUUCAUCUGAAAGGACUAAAUAUUAAAUGAAACAAAUGACAAUAAAAUGCAAAGUAAUCUCUUCAGUAAUCAAAAUACUUUUUGAAUGUAACUGUAUUCUAAUUACCAAUGAUUUAAAUUGUGACUGUAGUGGAAUACAGUUACUUAUAUUUUGUAUUUUAAAUACAUAAUCCCAUUACAUGUAUUCCGUUACUCCCCAACCCCGUGCAUGUUAAUGUUGUAUUAAUCCUAAACACCGUAACAUCAACAACUAAUUAAAAGCAGAUGUUUGCUUAAAGUGGACGCUACAUUAGUUCCCUCGCUAAAUAACAAAUUUUAUCAACUUAUUAAAGAGUAAAGUUUACUCUUGUGCCCAAUCAAUUGUUCUUUUAUUUCUGUUUCAGGUAUUUAUUCAGGACAUAAGGCAAAAAAUAAUCUAGUCCAUGACACUGAUCUAGUAACUGGAAUUUAGUCCUGUGCAUCCUUCUCUGCACAAGCAGUGGUUCUGUUUGCUGGUGAGCUGUGAUAUCACAUGGGAAUAGUGAUUAAAAGAGCUAAAUGAUAGAGAUUUCAUAGCUGCAAUGUACAGAGAUGAUCAGCUAUUGUGGCAACGAUUUAGACUAAUUUAUUUUGGAGUUUAGCAAAACAAAUAUUGCAACUUAUUGUAAAGGGGAAAAAAACAUACAUUCUGUCCUCUAGAUGGCAGAAAAUCUCUUAAUUGACCCAGAUUUCUUCAUAAAGUUAUUCUGGAUUUUCAUUUUAUUAUUUAUUUAUUUGUAAUAUCCAUUUAUUUACAAUUACAGAAAUAGAGGAACGAGUGUGUGUAUAAUUUUGAUUUAUUGUUCUUGUAAUAGGAAAGCUAUUAAAACUAUUAAACAUUUAAGUAAUCUAUACCCCAACAUAUACAACAUAUUGUCACUUUUCUGUCAAUUUUCUAUUGUGUUCUCACAUUUAAAAAAAAAAAAAAAAAAUGAACUAUGGUAACGAAUUGUUUUUUCUAUGUUUUAUUUCCUUGCAUGAAAGUAAAAAGAAUCUGUGUUCACAGAAGCAAGUUUAUUAACCUGAAGCCUAUAUUUAUUGUCUUUGAUAAAAAAAUAAAAAAAACUGCAAACAAUAUAUGCAACCAGGAGACUUUGCUUUCCUUUUCUUAAAAACAAAAAACAAAUCAAGGUUCCAGUGAGGCACUUGCAAUAGAAUUAAAUGGGGCCAAUUUUUCAGGGGUUUAAAGGCAGAAAUGUGAAGUUUACGGAUUGGCCACAUUCACUUCCAUUGUAAGAGCCUCACUGUAACCUCAGUUUGUGCUGUUUUUAAGAAAAGGAGGGAGAAGUCAAAAUUUAUGGUAAUCAAAAUUAUGCCACAAAUGCUGUCGAUUGACCUUAACUUGUAUUGAAAUUAGUGCUUGAAGUGGAAGAUAAAAAAGUGCAGGUACACUCCUUGUUAGUAUUAAACCUGAUAUUUUUGGGGAGAAAUAUAAUAUACUCUGAGACUGUUAUUGUUCGCAACAUAUGUUUAUUUUAAAAUAAUUAAAUAAACUUGGGGUUUUAUAAACUGAACUGGGGCCAAACUUUUUUUGUUUUGUAUUUAUUACUUAACACUUUUAUUGUAACUAACAUGUCAACAUGAAAAACAAAACUGUUAAUAAUAUGUGUUUAUUUACAUUAAAAUAAUAUUUAAUUACCUUAAAAGAGGUAUUUAAUUCAGAUUUUCAAGUUUUGGCCAUAUAUUUCUGAAAUGUGUCUGAUCUGGCAGAAGAACAAACAUGACCUCACACCCUCAACUAACAAAUAGGUUUUGAUUAACUUUACUUUGAAAAUAAAAAUAUAAAAUGUACGGUUAUUGUUUAUGAAUCUGAGGAAGAA